UCUUCCCGGCGGGCGACCUAAUUUUCUGGAUUCGAGGAUUCAAAGGGAAUUAAAGUGCUGGUGUCAGAGAGCAGUGGCACCAGUUGAAGAUGAGAGCUCUUCAGCUCGCGAUGUUGUUCGAAGAGACUUAAAUUCUCUCCCAAGUGAGUCACCACGGGGGUAACGCAAUUAGUUUCUCGAUCAUAGUUUUCAAUUGCAGGUGAAUUUGAUCGGCUCUCGUAGAAGAUGAUUCCUCCUGCUUGAAAAUUCCUGAAUUACUGCGUAUUUAAGAGUCCUUUUAGAUUUUGUUUGAAGUCCCUGUCCUACAAUUAAAGUAUUAGUGAAAUUUAUUUUGGUUGUAAUCGAAGAAAUUGCUGCCUUGUACUGAAUUGGAGUGGAUCAUAGUUAAUGAUGUGUGAGUAGUUGACAAAAUAUGGUCACUCUGCAGCCUAUCCCACCACGGGGUUUCAUGGUUGAUAAGAUAUAUGAUCGAGUGUUUUAUCCUUAUUACUAGGAUUUCUAAAAUCCCACCCUUUCAAUGGGAUAUAAUUCAAUCAAAAUUAGCUCCAAUGAUAGAAAUUAUCAAGGGCUUUGGGAUAUCUUGCAGUUUCAAUACGUCAGAGUAAACAAUAGAUUAGCCUAUACUAUGUUUAUCUAUCUAGUCCAAUCCUCAAAAGUAAAUGCUCCCGAACCAGAUACAAAGCCUUUUAUUUUAAUGACUGCUUGAUAAUAAUGAUACAGUUUUGCUUAUUGCGUGGUCUUCGUUUCUGAUCCUGCAGAAUUUUGGUUAUGCUUGUAUACAUCAAGAUUCUGUCAAAUAUAAGAUAAACUGCAAUUAGGAUUGAUGACAUAGUGCCCUUAGAAUGAUUUACUUCACAUACAUGAUACAUUUAUGUACCCAUAUUCAGGAUACUUCAAUUCUGUACAUAGUUUUUCGCUGAUUAUAUUUUAAAAUGCAGAGCCAUUGUCAGCAACACAUUUUUCUUCUUCCUCUAGUGAUGGGGGUUCCUGGAGCUUAUAGUGAGGCUGCUGCUUUGAAAGCAUAUCCAAAAUGUGAGACUGUCCCAUGUGACCACUUUGAGGCUGCAUUCAAGGCAGUUGAGUUGUGGUUGGCAGACAAAGCAGUACUUCCCAUCGAGAAUUCAGUUGGAGGGAGCAUCCAUCGUAACUACGACUUGCUUCUUCGCCAUAGACUUCACAUUGUUGGGGAAGUUCAGUUAGUUGUUAAUCUUAAUCACUGCCUUCUAGGAUUGCCGGGGGUUAGGAAGAAAGAGUUAAAGCGUGUAUUAAGCCAUCCACAGGCACUUGAUCAGUGUGAGCUUUUCCUGAAUGAACUGGGUGUAACCAGAGUAACUGCAGAUGAUCCUGCUCAUGCCGCUCAGAUUGUAGUCUGUGAAGGUGUGAGAGAGACGGGAGCAAUUGCAAGCACUCGAGCUGCAGAAAUAUAUGGACUUGAUGUUCUGGCUGAAGGAAUACAGGAUGAUUCUGACAAUGUUACCCGUUUUCUGAUACUCGCAAGGGAACCUAUAAUCCCAGGAACAACUAGACCUCAUAAGACUAGCAUUGUCUUCAGUCUGGACGAGGGCCCUGGAAUUCUGUUCAAGGCAUUGGCAGUGUUUGCUCUGAGGGGCAUUAAUUUGUCUAAGAUUGAGAGCCGACCACAAAGAAGACGGCCUUUGAGGGUUGUUGAUGACUCAAACAGGGGAAGUGCCACAUACUUCGAUUACCUCUUUCACAUAGAUUUUGAAGCUUCUAUGGCAGAGCCCCGUGCCCAGUAUGCUCUGGGACAUCUCCAAGAGUUUGCAAGGUUCCUCCGAGUCCUUGGUUGUUAUCCUAUGGAUACACUUCCAUGAACAAAUACGCAUGUAUCUCACCAUUCUGAACGGCUUAACUUCUCAUUUCUGAUGAAUGGAAGAGUCUCUGUCACAGUCCUUUUGCUACAGGGACCGGAAAAGACUCCCUCGAUUGUGUGAAUCUUCGUAUGUUCUCAAGCUUAGUAUCUCACGGGUAUCUCGUUCUAUUCUUAGAUUCUUCACCCUUCCAACUAAGCUUUCAGGGCCAAUUAGACUGAAAAUAGGGCAUUUUUUUCAUUUUGAAAACAUGAGAGAUUUUGGGAAGAAAAGUCUGAAGCUGUGAGAUUUUUGGUUCUAUAGAAUGUGUUGACCUUGUAAAUGCUACACAAUAUAGAGUCUAGUAUCGUUAAUUAUGUUAAUUUGCACUUGUGUUUGUAAAAUAUAUACCAUUAUAUAUGUCAAGUUUCAUGAGGGUCCUUUUUGUUUAGGUA